AUGCUGUAUCGUAUUAUUCAAAAAGCAACCUUGCCUACCACCCGCCGUCUUAUUUUCAACACAUGCCGUAUCCAGGUUCAACGUAAUCUCUACCUGACUAUCUCUAAAAGCAGCAUCCACACAAGCGCAAAGCAAAUGUUUGCUUCAUCUCAUGACUGGCGACAAACACCUGCGCCUCAACAUCCGCUCAUUGACAAGAUCCAGCAACACCCUCACAUCAUGCAACAGCUGGUUGAUUUUACCCAAUUACUCCAGACCAAAGGCGUGGAUGUAUCUGGCAAACAGCCUAGUUUUAUGCAGGUCAUGAAGGUCAUGAAUGACCCAGACAUCAAGGAAAAGGUGCAAAAGUUGGCCCAGGACAUGCAAGCUGCUGGUAUCCAGCUGGACAUGCAAACCAUUCAAGAGCUUCAAUCUAAUUUCUCCAACAUGUCAGCAACUGCAACUCCAGAAUCCACUUACACUGAAGAAUCAAUCAACGAAAAGCAAGAGCAACAACAGCAAAAGGAGGAAAAGGAGCAUGGCAGAAAGCGCGGUGUCAUGAAUAGAGUCAAGGGAUUGUUCAAGAAAUAA